AUGGAGUGGGCCACAGAUACCCUGACAAGGAACUCUGGCAAGAUACAAGCAGCCCACAGUGACACUGACAACAGGGCUACAAACAAGACUCAGAAGGAACGCCCGGACACAGCUCCCCAGAAACCUGGGCUGCAGAGCGAGGCCGACCUGGAAAAAAAUGAAAAGCUAGUGCUGGAAGAAACUGCAUUUGAAGAAAUCGAAAGGGAUUUUCAGGAGGUUCUCAAUGAACUUUCCGGAGACAAAAGUCUGGAGAAAUUUAGGAUUGAAUAUGAAAAACUUCAUGCUGUCAUGAGAAGGUCUUAUGACAAUGAGAGGCGUUUGAUGGCCAAAUGCCGAGAGCUAAAUGCAGAGAUCGUGGUCAAUUCUGCGAAGGUUGCCACUGCCCUGAAGCUCUCUCAGGAUGAUCAGACCACCAUUGCGUCCCUGAAGAAGGAAAUUGAAAAGGCCUGGAAGAUGGUGGACUCAGCCUAUGAUAAGGAGCAGAAGGCAAAGGAGACCAUUAUUGCACUGAAAGAGGAAAUAGUGAACUUGACCAAGCUAGUUGAGCAAGGAUCUGGACUGUCAAUGGAUCAGGAUAGCAAUAUCCGAGAUUUACUGAAGUUCAAAGAAGAAGUAACAAAGGAACGAGACCAGCUCUUGACAGAAGUGGUGAAAUUGAGAGAGUCUCUAGCUCAGAACAGUGAGCUGCAGCAGGAGACAGAGCGAUCGAGAGAAGAGGCCGAGCAAACCAUCAAUCAGUUCCAACAAGAAAUCCAACUACGCCAGAACGAAGCUUCGCGAGAGUCUCGCAAGAAGGAAAAACUAGAGAAAGAACUCAAGCAGAUUCAGACGGACAUGGACACCAAGCAAUCGGAAAUCAAGGCUCUGCAGCAGUACGUGCAGAAAAGCAAGGAGGAGCUCCAGAAACUGGAGCAGCAGCUGAAGGAGCAGAAGAUACUGAAUGAGAGAGCUGCAAAGGAACUGGAGCAGUUUCAAAUGAGAAACGCGAAACUUCAGCAAGAGAACGAACAGCACAGUUUGGUUUGUGAGCAGCUAUCGCAGGAAAACCAGCAGAAGGCGUUGGAGCUCAAAGCCAAAGAGGACGAAGUCCAUCAGAUGCGCAUUGACAUCGGGAAGCUCAAUAAAAUAAGAGAACAAAUCCAUAAGAAAUUACACCAGAUUGAAGAUCAAAAGGCUGAAGUGGAACAGCACAAGGAGACCCUAAAAAAUCAGAUUUUGGGAUUAGAGAGAGAAAAUGAGGGGAUAAAUGAAAUGUUCCCAACAGUAGUAUUUGGGACAAUGGUGGUGUACCAAGAAUCGAAUAUGCUGAAGGCGGUCAGUGCGACCCAGAAACAGAUAGACCUGGUAAAGCUCCAUGAGCAAGCCAAGAGGAACCUGGAGGAAGAAAUCCAGAAUUACAAGGAUGAGGCUCAGAAACAGAGGAAGAUCAUCUUUCAACUGGAGAAGGAGCGAGAUCGGUACAUCAAUGGAGCCAGGGACUUCACUCAAAAGCUGAGUCUGUCUGAAUUUAGAAUAGCUCAAGAAAAAAAUCUCAUGGAAUUCACCAGAAAGAGAAGAUCGAUUUAUGAUGAAAUAACGGAAAUGAAGAGGAAAUUAAAGAUUAUGACUCAUCAGGUAGAUCAGUUGAAAGAAGAAAUAUCGGCCAAAGAGUCAGCACUUGUGAAGCUACACCUGGAACAGCAGCGAAUAGAAAAGGAGAAGGAAACAUUAAAGGCCGAGCUACAGAAGCUGAGACAACAAGCCCUGGAGACCAAACACUUCAUUGAAAAGCAAGAAGCAGAAGAGAGAAAACUCCUGCGGAUCAUUGCUGAGGCUGAUGGGGAGAGGCUGAGACAGAAGAAGGAAUUAGACCAGGUCAUCAGUGAGAGAGAUAUCCUGGGCUCUCAGCUCAUUCGGCGCAAUGACGAAUUAGCUUUGCUCUAUGAAAAGAUCAAGAUCCAGCAGUCCGUGCUCAACAAAGGCGAGAGUCAGUACAACCAGAGGGUGGAGGACAUGAGAAUCCUCAAACUUGAGAUCAGGAAGCUUCGCCGGGAAAAGGGGAUUCUUGCCAGGAGUGUGGCCAAUGUGGAUGAACUCAGGGAGGAGCUUUUUCACAUGCAAAGAGAAUUCCUGAAGGAGAGGACACGGUGCCGAGCCCUGGAGGAGGAACUGGAAAACCCCAUGAAUGUGCACAGGUGGCGGAAACUCGAGGCCAGUGACCCCAGUACCUUUGAGCUGAUAAAGAAAAUUCAUGCCCUGCAAAAGCGUCUCAUCAGCAAGACUGAAGAGGUUGUUGAAAAAGAGCUGCUUCUUCAGGAAAAAGAGAAACUGUAUGUGGAACUCAAGCACAUCUUGGCCCGGCAGCCUGGGCCCGAGGCUGCAGAACAGCUACAGCUCUACCGACACACGCUGCAGGAGAAGACCAAGCAGCUUAAAGUUUUGUCUGCAGAACUGAACAUGUAUGAAUCACAGAGCCAAGAAUAUAAGUAUGAGAUUGAGAGACUCACCAGUGAACUGAUGAAUAUAAAGAAGAAAUACCUCGCUCAGAAACGUAAAGAGCAAAUUCACAAAAACAAGGACAGAAUACCCUUGGAGAACACCUUCUCUGUGACUAAACCAACUGUCCCUCGUUUUACUGGGGGUGGAUUUUCCCUCAACAAGUCCUUCAAGGUGAAGUCCUAA